UUUAUUUAUAAUAAUCGGAGCGAUACACAGUUAUUGAGCCAUCUUGUUUAUUAAUAAUAUAAACUUAAAUUAGCCAAACUUACUGUUACCUAAGUUGUUACUUUUCGUGGUAGUUUACGCGUUCAAGGUGUCACUUGGCUGUACCACAACGAAGUAAAUAAUUGUCGUAAAUACGACAAUGCGCGAUUCUUCGUCGUUUAUCCAACGAAACUCACAGCUUCCGCUUUCAUCGAAUUCUCGUUUGUCUAAUAUCAAUGGACCUGGAUCCAGCGCUCGACGGCCCAGUCUCGCUCCAAUGAGAGCUAUAGCACAAAAGAGACAAUCUAUGACCGUUGAUUCUUUCAAUAAUGCCAAUUCCCGUUUUAUUGCUCCAAGUGUCCGUCAUAGUAUUGCACCAAGUAGCAGAAGAUCCAGUACCUUUGUGGGAGGAAGAGCAUCAAACGCUUCUUUCCUCAGUCAAGGUGUUGAUCAGGGAGACACAAGAGAUCCUCGACCAGUUCGUGACAAGGCAUUUCAAUCAUUAUGUGCAACCAACAUUGUAAAUUAUCUCAUUAAUUCCGGUUAUCCGAGUCCUAUAACAAUCAAGAACAUUUUAUCGCCUACCACAAAAGAGUUUCAAUCUAUUUUCAAAUAUCUUUACAACAAAAUCGAUCCUAACUUUUCAUUCGUUCGACGAAUAGACGAGGAUGUGAAGCUCUGUCUCAAAGACAUCCAAUAUCCCUAUGCAGAGUCUAUUACGAGGUCCCAUUUAAUGGCAAUUGGCUCGCCGCAUUCGCGACCAGUGAUUCUUGCCAUGCUCCAUUGGAUGGUAGAAGUCGUGCAGUGCAUUGAGAGCCUGUCGACAUCGCAAGAAGAGGUUCCACCCGAUGAUGAACAUUUUGCUGACAAAGCCUUUUUUGAGUAUUUGGUAAAGUCUUAUCACUUUUUCUUGGACGAUGUCCCGGAUGAUAGUAGUCUUACGGAAGAACUGUGUGCUUUUCUUGAUUCGCAAAACAGUGGAAUUGGGAAAGAAAUUGAGAACCUUGAGAAGAACAUACAGUCCAUGACCGAGGAAUUGGAAAAGGACGAAGAGCUGGCUGCAGUCUUAUCUCAACUACAACAAGAAAAUGCAGUUCUUCAAGAAGAUGAACUGAAGCUUCAAGCAAUUAUUGAACGAUCCGAACUUAGAAUUGAAAAGCUGCAAUCAAAGAUGGGACCUUUGGGUGAGGAGUUGAACGAAAGAAACGUGGAAUUGGAACGGCUUAAUCAGGAAAAGCUCUCACUACAAGCUCAAAUUGAAGCACAACCGAUUUCUACAACUGACUUGGAUAGAAUGACUUCCGAACGUGAGCAGCUUUCUAAUGGAUUAAAUCAAAUUAGCAACAGGAUUCAGGAACUCCGGAGAGAAAUUUUGGAAGCCGAGGGAAGCGUUCAAACGAAAACAGAUUCCUUGGAAAAACUUGUUCAACGGUACAACACUGUAGCCUAUAGACUUGGCAUUGUUCCAUCAACCGCACCACGUGCAAAUGAUCAAUCCUUAGAAUUAGGAUUACUAGAGGAAUCAGAAGGUUGUCUCAACCUUGAUCUGAAAAACAUAGUCCGGCCUUUCCUCAUCAAUUUACGACACAACUUGACGACUGAGUUUCACUCGGAGCAAAGCCGUUCAUUGGAGCUUCAGGAAUCCUUGGAUAAAAUAAACGAAAACGUUACUGAUACAAAAGAAGAACUCGAUGCUUUGGAAAUAAAGAUUGAAAAUACCCUUUCUGAAUAUACAAUGUUAAAGGCAAAGCUUUCUGAAGAGAAAAGUAUACUCAAUUCGGAAUCCGACAAACUGGAACAUGAACUCCAACAACUAAAGCUGAAUUCACAAAAUACUCUGCUUCAGUUGGACCAACGGAUACAAGCCUUGCGCAUUGAGUAUGACCAUACAACACAGACAUUAGAGAUCAUGAAAGGCAAUGCAUACAAGGAAGUUGCAUUUAUGUUGGAUGAAAUCAUACACUUUAAAUUGCACAUACAAAAUGGCUUAGAGGAGCUUGAGACGGAUUAUGAAAAAGAGCUUGCCGAAGCUUCAAAAUAAGUCUUAGUUCCCAAUGGCCUGUAGGCAUCAUGUUCUGUGUUUUGUUAAUGAUUGUACUUUUUUUGGAUGGUUGGUCUUGGUUUGGGUGCAUGUAUAGUUUAAUCCUUUUUUCCAAUAAUGAUAUCUGUUUAGGCUAAAUGAUGUACUUUUAUUACGUGUCAACCGUUUUCCCAUUCCAGGACGGAAUCGCCAGCGUGCUUAUAUUCGGGUAAC